GAGCAGUGCAGUUCUCACACGACGUUCGACAUCGUUGCAACUCGCGUUUAUUAAUUCAUCGAUUGCCGGUGUUUCGGCAAGUUCUUGAGUACUUGAGUGAGAAGAACUCGAUUGCAUGUGAUCACGUGGGCAUUAACACACUAAUUAAAUAGAACGACGUCUGAUUCAAAAUGUGGUCCUUAGUCGUCACGCUCGUCGUUGCGCUGUGUGCAUUAAUACCAACUACGCAGUCUCAAGCCCCGUGCCAAGAUCCACAAGGCCAACAAGGCGUAUGCAUCAACAUCAAGAAAUGCCCAGCGUUAUUAAAUUUUCUGCAAUCAAAUUCUCAAGAUCCUCAAGUACGCAACUACCUUCGUUCUUCCCUUUGCGGCUACGAAGGUACAGAUCCUCAAGUCUGUUGUCCGAACGACGAGGGUUCGACAGGCAACGACGUGGACCGUGGAGGUCGGCAAGAAAUCACCAGAACUGAGUAUGGUCCUCUAUCUCCGCCCGAAUGCGGUUUCAGUAAUGUAACGAAACGUAGAAUCGUUGGUGGCGAACCAGCUCCAUUAGGUGCCUGGCCUUGGCUCACCGCUCUGGGUUACACGAAUCCGAGAGAUGCGAGUGCCACGAGAUGGCUUUGCGGCGGUGUCCUGAUUUCGAGACGACACGUACUCACUGCUGGACAUUGCGUACACAGACGCAAUGAUUUGUACAAAGUGCGCGUCGGCGACUUGGAUUUGAAUAAUGACAACGACGGAGCAUAUCCGUUUGAGGACUUUAUUGAGAGACGAGUGAUACAUCCUCAGUACAAUCCGACAACUUACACGAACGAUAUAGCGGUUCUCAAAACGACUCAAGAUGUGCCGUUUACACCAAACCUUCAUCCCAUUUGUCUCCCGGUGGAUGAUUACCAUCGAAACAGAGAGUUGGAGGUCACAUAUCCUUUUGUCGCCGGAUGGGGAUCAAUUUCCUUCCGUGGACCUACGAGCAGUCAUUUGAUGCAAAUACAAAUUCCUAUACGUACGGAACAAGAAUGUAAAGAUGCCUACCAGAACUUCAGGACAACUGUGAUAGAUAAGCGUGUCUUGUGUGCAGGCUAUGCAUCAGGUGGAAAAGACGCUUGUCAGGGUGACAGCGGAGGGCCGCUGAUGUCUCCUAGUAAUAGAAUCCGUGAGAUAUACCAUGUUGUUGGGGUGGUAUCGUAUGGCUUCAAGUGCGCCGAGCCAGGCUUUCCGGGUGUAUACACGAGGGUUUCAAACUUCCUCGAUUUCAUCACUAGCCAAUUGGUGUAACUUAAACUGAGCUUCAACCGAUUCGCGCGAAAAGUUAACGGAGGAAAGUUCUCGAAAAGUUCCUUGUAAAUUAAUUUUUCAUGCAGGAUCGUGUAGCGGGUAUUUUUAUCAUGUGCACACAACACUCACACAACUAGUUCUCACAUCAAGUAUUAAAAAUAAAUUUGCGUCUGCGAUGCAUU